AUGGCACUUGUUCUCAUCUAUGUGGAUGAUAUGUUGAUCACUGGAAAUAGUAUACUUCUAAUUGAAGAAACAAAGAAUCAGUUGAAGCAAGCUUUCAAAAUGAAAGACUUGGGAGAGUUAAGGUACUUCUUAGGUAUUGAAUUUGGAAGAUCAAAGCAAGGUAUUCUAAUGCAUCAAAGAAAGUAUGCACUAGAAUUAAUUUCUGAAACUGGUCUAACUGCAGCUAAACCAGCUGGAACUCUAAUUGAUACCAACUUAAAAUUGACUACCAAACAGUAUGAUGAAGAAACACAGAUGACAAAAGAUGAUCCCUUAACUGAUCAAGGAGCUUAUCAAAGGAUAGUUGGCAAACUACUCUAUCUAACCAUGAUAAGACCUGACAUCUUCUAUGGGGUUCAAAUAUUAAGUCAAUUCCUACAACAGCCUAAGAAACCACAUAUGACUACAACAUUAAGGAUUGUGAGAUAUGUGAAAAACCCACUAGGACAAGGCCUAAUACUGUCCAGCUACUCAAAGAAUACUAUCACUGCUUAUUGUGAUGCAGAUUGGGCCUCUUUCCCUCUAACAAAAAGGUUAAUUACUGGUUACUUUGUGCAGUAUGGAGGGUCUUUAGUUUCAUGGAAGUCAAAGAAAUAA